AUGAUGAAUGUUACUCAAGCAAGCCAAAAUAAUCUAACAAUAACUGACAUUUUAUCAACAAUUCAAAAUAAUAUAAAAGUUUCUCGAAUUGGUGAACUUGUUAUCGGCAUAAUUGCUUAUUCAAUUAUAAUUAUAUUGAGUAUUAUUGGAAAUGUUAUUGUUGUUACAGCUAUAUUUCGUGUGCAACGAUUACGUCAUCCAACUAAUUUUAUACUUAUGUCACUUGCUAUUGCUGAUCUACUUGUAACAACGACAGUUAUGAUACCAGGAUUUAUUUUUGAGAUAAAACAAAAAUGGAUAUUUGGACGAGUAUUUUGUAAUAUUUGGGUAGCUAAUGAUAUAACUUUUUGUACAGCAUCUAUUUUACAUCUUGUUGCUGUUAGUUUUGAUCGCUAUGUUGCUAUUGAAAAUCCACUUAAAUACAAACAAAAAAUGACAAAACGUACAAUAUUUAUUAUAAUUGGUUGUAUAUGGUUAAUAAGUGUAUUAUUAUCAUAUGGACCAGUUUUACUUGGUGUUUAUAGUCGAUCUCGUACUGGUGCAGUUUCAUCUGCUCCAACUGAAUGUGGUAUGAGACCUAAUCUAAUUUAUUCGAUAAUAUCAUCGUCAACAUCAUUUUAUAUUCCACUUAUAAUAAUACUUUUUCUUUAUGGUCGAAUAUUUAUAACAGCUCGUAAACAUUCACAUGAAUUACAAAAACUUGAAAAUAUUAUUAAACGUUUACAUAGUAACGAAAAAUUUCAAUUAGAAAGUUCGAAAUGGAAAAAAAAUAUGAAAGCUAUACGAACAUUAGGUAUUGUCGUUGGUGUAUUCGUUGCUUGUUGGUUACCUUUUUUUGUCAUGUAUCUUUUAUUAGCUUAUUGUAAUUAUAAAUGUGUUACUCCAAAUAUUGAACGUUACAUAACUUGGAUUGCAUCAUCGUUAUGUUUAGGUUAUGCUAAUUCAUUUUGCAAUCCAGUGAUUUAUGCAUUUUCAAAUAAAGAAUUUCGUAAUGCAUUUUUUGAAAUUCUUCAUUAUAAUAAUUGUAAAUGUUUGCCAUUAUCAUCUGAUAGCAAAGUUCGUACAUCUAUUAGUAAAUCAAAUCAUUCAAUGAAUACAAAAUAUACGCCACCAAUACGAUCACGACAAGCAAGUGUUAUACCAUAUUCAAAUCCAACACAACGUAAUGGUUGUCUUUCAUAUGAAAUAUCUCCAUUUAUAUGCAAACCUUUACAAAAAAAGACUAGUUUCCUUAUAAAAAAUGAUAAUACGGAUUCAUUAGAAAUGCAAAUUCUUCAAAAUCAACGUAAAACACUUGAAGCAUUUUAUGAACUUGAACAUCUUUUACCAAAUGGUGUUCCUUGUCGUGCAUCAAUUGUUGAAUUGAGAUCAAUAAUACCAGAUCAAGAUGAUAAUAGUGUUGAAAUAUCCAUAGAAAAAAAUCAAAAUUAA